AACCAUCUGGAAGCACACACACCUCCCCAGUUAACAAACACUAACAGCAAGACGCGUCCUGGAUAUCAGGGAACAAACUCACGCACAAGGCUGAUCAUGUUGUAACACUUAUUGCUUGGAUUUAGCCAGAAGUUGAAACAGAGAGGACGCGCACGUUGUUCUUAAUAACAUCUGGAGAUGUUUUGUAAAUAAAGCCAUUCUGUGAGCGGAGCUCGAGGCCUUUGAUUGCUGCAGCUCACACAUCAUCCUCAUCCGCGGUGGUCUCGAGCUUUUAAACCGCUGCUGGGCUCCGCAGCCCAACAAUAACUGCAGCGCUCAACGCGUCUUUUUAUUAUUCUACCUGAUACAGGAUGUAAGUUACGAAAACCUCUAUGCUUUAGAAACAUGGAGACCAAGACUCGGGAAUUGGUCUCCAUACUGUGAACAAGUCCAACCACCCUCCAGUAGUUUCUCCAUCUUUUUCUCACUUUGCCCUUUGUGGGUGGAGGAGAGGAUGACUUCUCACAUCCUGACUGUCCUGCUGCCUGUCUUGGUGGUUCUGAUACCUGCUACUUGGGCAGGAGACUGUAAGGGCCAAAGACAGGUUCUGCGGGGUGUCCCAGGAUAUGUCACAGAUGGACCAGGAAACUACUCUGUGAAUGGGAACUGCGAGUGGCUUAUCAAGGCUCCCAGCAGAAACCAUCGCAUUGUGCUUAACUUCACAUUUAUGGAGACGGAGUGUACCUAUGACUAUCUGUUUGUCUAUGAUGGUGAUUCCUACCAGAGCUCCCUACUGGCAAGUUUAAGUGGCACCACCCUACCACAACCAAUUGAGGCCAAGUCUGGUGAGAUGCUGCUGCAUCUCUUCAGCGACGCCAACUACAACUUGCUGGGCUUCAAUGCCACCUACACGUUUUCAGUUUGCCCUGGGGACUGCGGUGGUCAUGGGCGCUGUGACGUAGCUACUGCCCGCUGUCAGUGUCAUCAGGGGUGGGGAGGAAUGGACUGCAGUACCCCUCUCUGCUCCCAGGUCUGCACACAACAUGACCACGGUCGCUGUGAUAAGAGGGGUGACCAUUGUAUCUGCAGCCCCGGCUUUGUGGGACAGAACUGUCAGCUGGGUCUCCGUGACAACAGUGGGGCAGGGCAGUGGUGGGAGGUGAGCCCAGGUGACAUUAAAGCAGCCCCUCGCACCGCCUCUGCUGGGGUUUACCUGUCUUCCACUGGAGCCAUGUACAUGUUCGGAGGGUUUGAUCUGAACAGAGCACUGGAGGACCUUGUUGUUUACAAUUUUUCGGCCAAUAAUUGGGAACAGAGAUCAUAUUUAUAUAGUCCAGCUUCUCGACAUUCCCACAUAGCUGUAGAAUGGCAAGGCAACAUGGUCAUCUAUGGCGGUGAGCUUGCCAACCACUCAUUGGCUAGUGAUGUCUGGGUGUACCGUGCACAGCAAGAUGAAUGGCAGCAGCUAGGCCAAUCAAACGCUUCAGGGGCACCAAGGCUGGCAAAUCACGCAGCAGCAUUAGUAGACCACUAUCUAUAUGUUUUUGGGGGAAGGACAGAGGAGGACAUGUUCUCUUCAUCACUGUACCGGUUCCGGUUGAGGGAUGGAGUGUGGGAAGAAGUUCAGCCUACAGGCGGAAAACCACCUGCUACUGCAGGACACAGCAUGGUCUACCAUGCCCCUUCCAAAACACUGCUGGUAUAUGGGGGACACAGACCUACCACAGCUAGGUUCAGUGUGCGUGUGAACUCAACUGAUGCUUUUCAUGUUGAGAAACGGUUUUGGACUUCCUUCCGUUCACGUUUCCCUGCCAGUGGCCCGAGGGAGAGAGCAUUCCACUCUGCCACCAUCAUCGGCAACUACAUGGUGGUGUACGGAGGGAAUGUUCAUAUCCACUACAUGGAAGAGAAGUGCUACGAUGAGGAGAUCUUUUUCUAUCAUCUUGGUUGCCAUCAGUGGGUGUCUGGUGGAGAGAGCCUCAGUCAGCGAGGUGUGUCGGUGAGGGGCCGAUAUUCCCAUGUUGCAGCUGUCAUGGAGGGCCGUGUGCUGCUAGUUGCUGGUGGUUACAGUGGGGUUGCCCGUGGUGACCUUGUGGCAUAUAAAGUACCGCUGUUUGUAAGCAGUGACCCAGGAGACAGGGACACCGUAUGUGCUGAAGCUCCAGAUGAAAGCUUAUGCCUCAAGAAUCCAGAGUGCAGUUGGUGUGAGGGUCGCUGCCGGGAGUACCAGCCCAACAACCCGUGUGGCAGCACCGGAUGUCUGGGCCUGGCUCGUUUUUUGUCAGACUGCCAGUCGUGUCUGGUGUUCAGUGGGGUGCCAAACUCUCUGCCACAAGUUUCUGGGGAAUUCGGCUGGUGUGUGCAGAAUGAGUCCUGCUUGCCUGUUUCAGAGCAAAGUGCAUGCCGCGUGGACCAGAUCUCUGGGGCGUACGGCUGGUGGGGGGAGCGCACGCGUUUCCUCACCUCCCUCCCCUUCUGUCGCACCGAGAACUAUGUCCCGGGACUGCACCUGCUUACCUUCCAGCAUCCACGUAAUCAGUCACAGCCUGACAAGGUAUCUAUCCUGCGCAGUACCUCCAUCAUCCUCAAUCCCUCUACAGAGAUGGAUGUGACCCUGCAGUUUCGAGGUUUCAUUCAUCCCUUAUGGGGUGCCCCUCAGGAAACUGUUGCCAUGUGGGCUCGAAUACAAAAACUCCACUUUACUGCUCAGAUGGCUGCUGGACCCAACUCUCUUCAACUGAUGGAUGUGCUGGGACGGUGGUCUGCUCAGGAGGAGAAGGAGAUCCGUAGGCUAUCCCGGCCAGAUGGUUCCCGUCUGUUCCAGAAUCUUACACGAGGAAACUGGUACCUGAUCCAGGCGGAGGGCUACCUGAAUAACUCUGCAUCAGGACAGACUAGUGAGAUGGCUCUUACCUGGAACCGCACAGCUUUACCUGGAGGCAGCGAGAUUUCUUUCCUGUUCCUCGAACCCUUCCGCUCCAAUUCGUGUUCAGAGUACCGCUCAUGUUCGGCCUGUCUGUCUGACCAGUCAUGCGGCUGGUGUCCCACCAUGAACCUGUGUUUUCUGCGCUCUGACUUUGAUCAGCAGCCUUGCAUAGACUCACAAGGAGAAGAGCGCCACCUACUGCUCAACCCUCAGCAUUGCACACUGUGUGAGGAAUAUAGAGACUGUGCCGCUUGCACUCAGGACCCCUACUGUGAGUGGCAGAUUAACUCCAGCAAGAAGGGAGAUUAUCUGUGCAGUCGCCGUGGGAGAUUGGAGGGGUCUAUCCGGGAACCAGGAGGGUGUCCUAAAGUUUGCAACCAGAGGUUGACGUGUGGAGAAUGUUUGUCUAACUCCAGUCAGUGUGCAUGGUGUGAAUCUGCUCAGUCCUGUUUCUACUUUGCUGCAUACCUCACAAAGUUUCCCUAUGGAGAGUGCAGGGACUGGUAUGACAGUGUUCACUCUGUCCCUCAGUGUAAGCAGUGCUCUGCUCUUGCCACCUGUUCAGAGUGUCUGCAGACGUUUCAGUGCGGCUGGUGUGGAGACUACAACAACCCCACUAUCGGCAGGUGUUUGAGAGGUGACUGGGGUGGGAUGGAUGACCCCUCGGCUGUUAACUGUAGUAUGGCUGUAGCUGAAGUGAAAGCCAGCAGCCCUGAGCCUCAAACUUUAUCACCUCCUCGGUUAAUGGAGCUCGAGAUGGAGAUGGAGUUGGAGCUGGAGCUGCUGGAAGGGAUGGAAGGAGACGGAGACGCUGUUUGGUCCUACCCAUCCUGUCCGGAUGUGGAGGAGUGUCGCUUGGGCUUGCAUACAUGCCAUCCCUCCGCUACCUGCGUCAACACCCCAACCUCCUACGAGUGUCACUGUGAGAGAGGCUUCACAGGAGAUGGAGUUCACCACUGCAACCAGACAUGUUAUAAUGAGUGCCGUCAAGGCCGGUGCAGCGGGAGUCCUCGGUUUGAGUGCGAGUGCUCUUUGGGUUGGACCUCUGAUCCAGCCACUCUGGUGCUGAGCGGAGUAGAGAACAAUGGUACCUGUUUCAGGCAGUGUCAGGGUCGCUCUGUUCUGCUUUCUUCAUCCUUCUCUGUACCCCUGUCCCUCUCCUCCUCUCUGGGGUGGCAUGGAGCAGUCGGUGGCCAUGGUGGGCUCUCUCACUGCCUGUGGGUCCUCUCCGUGUCCCAGGAUUUGGCACCAUGCAUGCCAGGGCAGUCAUGCCCACCCGUGGCGCUGACCUGGCACCCAGAUUCACACACACAGUGCACAAACUCGUAUGUUUACGUGUUUGACGGCCUGCCACAAUUCCUCAGCAAUGAUGUUGUGCACUCUGACCACAACCUUAUUGGAGCAUUUUGCGGCACAACGAGAAUGGAGCCAAUUACUGUUGAGGCUACAUCAGGGGUGGUAUCUGUGUAUUUUGAGGCAAAUGUUACCUCAGGACGUGCUCAGGGUUUUAAUGCCUCGUUCUGGGUGAAGCGAUGUGGAAAUGCAAGUUCUGGAGAGGGUACAACCGUCUCACUCGAGUGCCAGGCAGGAGCUCAGUGCGUAAACAGGCUCUGUGAAUGUCCCCAUGGUUUUGGUGGUCCACAAUGUGACCGUCCUGUCUGUCCAGGGAAUUGUGGAGCAGAGGAAGGCAGAGGCAUUUGCAACAUGACCCUUGGCCUGUGUGUGUGUAAAGAAGGCUGGGCUGGAUCAGACUGUGCUUCUAUCUCGGACUCGGACAGCCUGGUUUGGGAAACGUUGCUUGACACUCAGCUCUCUGCAAAUAAGGCACACAGGUUCCUCCAGAGGAUGGGUCACUCCCUAGUGUCCGGGCCACAGGGCACUCUUUGGAUUUAUGGAGGCCUCUCACUCCCAGAGGGCAUCCUGGGAAAUGUUUACAGGUAUUCCGUGGCUGAUCGUCGCUGGACUCAAAUGUUGACCAGUUCAGUGGAGGAAAAUACAAUGCCCCUGUCCCGAUACCAUCAUGCCUCUGCUCUGGUGUAUAAUCAUGACCCGUUUUCUGGCUCCCAGGCAGCCACUCACAGUUUAAUGUUUGUGGUUGGUGGGGUCACAAAGAAAGGUGUUGCAAAUGACACAUGGUGUCUGAACCUCAGCAGUCUGGUGUGGAAGCAGUAUAAGAGCUCAGUGCUUCCCCCUGUGGCUGGACAUACUCUAACUGUGCGAAGAGGCUCAUCUGUGCUGCUGAUUGGAGGUUACUCACCAGAGAAUGGCUUUAAUCAUCAUUUGCUGGAGUUUAAUCCUCAGUCUGGGAACUGGACUAUCGCUCCACACACUGGCACACCCCCUACAGGUCUUUAUGGCCACUCAGCAGUGUAUCAUGAACAGACUGAUGCUGUGUAUGUGUUUGGUGGUUACCGUUUCCAUGUUGAAGCUGUAGAACCUUCAGGAGAACUUUACAGUCUUUAUUACCCCAAUCUUACUUGGUCUUUACUGGUGCCCUCUCAGGGAAACAAGCCUCUCUCACGUUUCUUCCAUGCGGCAGCUUUAGUGAAGGACACCAUGGUAAUUGUUGGAGGCAGGACAGGGGAAGAGGAUUAUAGCAACACAGUUUCUCUCUAUCAGAUCAACUGUAACACAUGGAUACUGCCAGUGUCCUCGGUGGGUGAACCUGUAAACCGUUCGGUUUCCUUGGCUAUGACUGGGUGGGGUGGCCGUCUGUUUCUGUCUGGAGGUUUUAAUGGAGUGACGCUGGGGCGACUUUUGACUCUUUCCUUGCCUAGUGAUCCCUGCAUCCUGCUGCCCACCCCUGAGGCCUGUAACAGCAGCACUGGUAGCUGUGUGUGGUGCAGAGGUACCUGUGCUUCAUCAGACACUGCAGAAAGAUUGGGCUGUGCUAUUGGACAGGCUACCUGUUCUCCCACUCCUCGAUCCCUAGAUCAGUGCCGCAGACUCAAGACCUGCAGCGAAUGUCUGGCCCGCCAUCCUAAAACAUUUUCCGGCUCUAUGCAGCCUGCUCUUCAGUGUAAGUGGUGCACAAACUGUCCUGAGGGAGCAUGUAUCAGCAGCUCAGUAAGUUGCACAUCAGAGCAUGACUGCAGGAUAAACCAAAGAGAGAUCUUCCUCUCCAGUAACUGCACUGAGACCAGCUGUGAGGCUUCUGACUGCCCCAAAUGCACAGCUUCUGGGAAAUGCAUGUGGACACGCCAGUUCAAACGCACAGGUGAGACCAGACGUAUCUUGAGUGUGAACCCAACUUACGACUGGACGUGUUUCAGCUAUGCCUUGCUUAACGUGUCUCCCAUGCAAGUGGAGUCCUCUCCACCAAUGCCUUGCCCUGAACCCUGCCAUGAAAUCAAAACCUGCAGCCAGUGUUUAAGCUCUCGUGGCUCUGAUGGAGGCUGGCAGCGCUGUGUAUGGAGCAUGGCACUGCAGCAGUGUAUGAGCCCCUCCUUUGUUCCAUUGCGCUGUGAGGCGGGUCAGUGUGGCCGUUUGCUCGCGGAUGAAGACUCCUGCUCUCCCCAGUGCUUCCAGCUCACUCAGUGCUCUCAGUGCAUUUCCAGGCCACAGUGUGGCUGGUGUGCUGUCCGUGAUGGAAAUGGGGCAGGACGCUGUCUUCAGGGAGGACUGAAUGGUGUGAGUGAGGCUUUUUGCCCACAGUGGAACAGUAGCUGGUCCUUCCUGCAUUGCCCAGAGGAGGACGAGUGUGCCAAUGGACACCACCACUGUAACAUCACUCAGGACUGCCAUGAUCUGCCUGAAGGCUACCACUGCACCUGCAGACAGGGCUACGUACUCGGCAGUGUGUCGGGCCAGUGUGAGCCAGUGUGCGCUCAAGGCUGUGUUAAUGGGACCUGUGUGUCCCCAGGAGUCUGUCAGUGUCACUUUGGGUUUGUUGGAGAGAACUGCUCCUCACAGUGCCGCUGUAAUAAACACAGUAACUGUAAAAGCAUCUCUCAGCUGGACACCUGUCUAGAGUGCAAGAAUAACACAAAGGGUCAGCACUGUGAAAAGUGCAAGCCCUUGUUUGUGGGCUCAGCAGUGGGAGGUGGGAUGUGUCGCCCCUGUCGUGAAUUCUGCAGAGGAAACGGCGAUAUAUGUCUGUCCAAAGAGGAGCAUCGGAGGGCAAUGGAAAAUCCAAAAGACUAUCCACUGGACCGUGAGAGUAUUGAACAAUGGGCAAAAGAAGGCCCUACUGAGGACAAUGCUGUGUGUGUGAGCUGUCAGAACAACAGUGUGGGGGAUAAGUGUGAGAGCUGCCUCAGUGGCUACUUCUUGCUGCAAGGGAAGUGUGAGAAAUGUCAGUGUAAUGGCCAUGCAGACACGUGUAAUGAACAUGAUGGCACUGGCUGCCCCUGCCAGAACAACACUGAAACCUCAUCCUGUCUGAGCAGCCCACAGAAUGACCGCAAAGAGUGUUACAGACAGCAGUGUGCGAAAUGCAAAGACUCAUUCAACGGCAAUCCGGUUAAUGGGCGGCAGUGCUACCGGCAGUUCAAUGUGGACAAUGAAUGCUGCUUCGACCCCACAUCACAGGUCAACUGCUUCCAUGAGCCUAACAUCCGCAAUCUGCUUAGGGGCCGCACAGUGUUUUUUUCGGCCCAGCCCAAGUUCACUAACGUGGAUAUCCGCGUCACCAUUGACGUUACGUUUGGAGAGGUUGAGGUCUUUGUGUCCAAUUCGCAUGACACCUUCAUUGUAGAGGUCGACCGCCAGACCGGUGUGCAUACCAUCAAGAUCGAGGACGAGGCCACCUCUGCGACCACUUCACGCGGAGAAAAGGAGGUUCCUCUCGCACUACCGUCACCCAUGAAGGUGUUUGCGAACUCCUCAUCAGCAUUACUCGGCAUGCUGCAGUCCGCAAAGUCGCACGGGACAGAACGUGAGAUACGGGAAGAACGAACCGAAGGUCUCAUAACCUACAUCACUGUGUGGAAGCCACAGACGGUGUUGAUUGUACGUGGCGUACGAGACCGUGUGGUCAUCACCUUCCCACACGAAGUGCACUCGCUCAAGUCCAGCCGCUUCUAUAUCGCCCUGCGUGGUGUGGGCACGGAUACUCAUAACGGAGAGUCCCAAGGCCUCCUCUUUCUCCGACAGGACCAGGCCCACAUUGACCUCUUUGUCUUUUUCUCCGUUUUCUUCUCCUGCUUCUUCCUCUUCCUGUCCGUCUGUGUGCUGCUCUGGAAAGUCAAGCAGUUCUUAGACUUCCGCCGCGAGCAGCGGCGCCACAUUCAAGAGAUGACCAAGAUGGCCUCUCGUCCGUUCGCUAAACUCACCGUCUACCUAGAGCCAGAUGAGCCGCAGCUGGUUUACUUGCCCUCGGCUGGAGGGGGCAGCACCGUGUCCCUGGCCCACGUACGGACAGGCAAGCUUGGUGGCAUGGUGAUGGGCCAGAGGGGACGACCUGGAGCUCUGUCCUACAAACACGACCCUGGCACAGGCACUGUCACUCACCACCACCACCAUCUCGUUAUGAGUGGAGGCAACAACGGGCAGCACCUUCCCCUACACUACCUGAACGCUCAUCACUAUGCACCCAGCUCUACGGCAAACCCGACCUCGCAUCACCACCACCAUCAUCCGUCCUCACAUGGCAGCUACCAGCAUUUCUGCCGCUCCGACCCCUUCCUGUCCCAGCUCAUGGGCUUUUCGUAUUCGUCCUUCAAAGUUGGGCCAAUCACUCUGGAGCCCACAGAUGACGGGAUGGCAGGGGUGGCUACCGUACUCAUACAGCUGCCAGGAGGUAUCCUUGCACCCAACCGGGCCUGCUUGGGUUCGGCGCUUGUCACUUUGCGGCAGAAUUUGCAGGAGUACUGUGGACAUGGAGGAGCGGGAACGCAUCCCGGCGCCGGGGGCGGCCGAAAAGGCUUGCUGGGCCAUCAGCAUCUAACCACCAUGGCCAUGUGAAGAGAACGUACUGAGAAAUAGAUUGAAAAGGAAAAAACAAUCAUGAGAGAGAACAGGAAGGACAAAGGAAGUUGCAGAGAUGUUAAAGGGACAGUCCACCCAAAAAAUGAAAAUUGUCAUCGUUUACU